AUGGAUCAAGUGCCCAAGGGUGCCAAGCCGGGCGAAAAACAAGAACCCUCAACAGAGCCAAAAGCGACAGGAACAAGGCGGUGUUUCCGCUGCAACGGCGACCACGACGCUACAAGCUGUGGAUUCCGCAACGCAGAGUGUCAUUUCUGCAAGCGGAAGGGGCACAUCGUUCGAGCCUGCCGUCAAAAGGAACAGGCAAGGAGCAGGGCCAAGAGCGACAAUAAACGCCCAGGCAAGCUGGGACGCUCAGGAGUGUACGGACUUUACCACAUCGCCAGUGGACUGUCGGCUUUCAUAGCAACGGUCACCGUGAACGGACAGGAGGUAUUGAUAGGAGUGCGGACCUACACACAGCAGCCUGUCCAGAUCGUGGGUAAAGUGGAAGUUCUUGUCAAGUACAACGGUAGAGUGUGCAAGUUACCUCUACUCGUCAAAAAAGGGUCUGGAAUCAGCAUCCUGGGGAGAGACUGGUUUCAACCGUUAUGCAUAUCCCUGGAAGGACUGCUCCAGCUCAACGGAGCUCCAGUUUCCAAGAGUUCCAGCGGAGAAGGCCAGCCAGCUGUACGCAAGGUGGUUACGAGUGUCAAAACUCUGCUGGAGGACCACCCAAAUGUGUUCUAG